CUCGCGGCCUCCCCCGCGCCUCGCCUCUUCUUUCUUUGGGUUGCCGCCGCCGCCCGCCUCCCCUUAACCCUCUCUCCCGCCCCGCCUACCCCGGGAGCGAAGGGCGGAGGAGCCGCCUCCCGCCUCUCUUGCCCUCCCGGCGGAGGGGAGCGCGGUGCUGCAGCAGCAGGGGGGAAGCUCCGGGGUGCCUGGAGGAAGCAGAGAGCUUACCCAGAGCGGGUCUCUGGAGCUGUCGGGGGGGUGUCAGGGCAUCCCCGCCGCGGUGGGUGCAGGCUGGAUGUCUGGGGGUGCGGGGAUGUGCAAGUGUAGCUCAGAGACCGCUGUUUCCUGCGGGCAGCCAUCCCUACCGCUGUAGGAGUUCGGAGGUCAUAGCAGCAAGGCGGGCAGAUUGGAGACCCCCGCUAUAAGACAUCUGGGCCCGGGUCUCGGAGGUCCCACCGCCGGACUGGCACACACGCGCCGGCUUUACUUUUGGCAUCCCAGAUUCUUCAGCCGUACAGCCAGGCCAUCAAUCAGAGGGCUCUGAGACCUCGGUGUGGGAUGCUCUCCUAGCAGCCGUGGUGGAGGGACCAGGACGUCAGCCCGAGUGCACGGGACACCCAGUUGUCAGUCUCCCGUGCCUGUAGCUGAUAACAGCCAUGUCAGCCCAAAAGGACAGAUUGUUUUCUUCCUUCUCUUUCCUGCUCUUUUGGGCUUCCUCCAUCCCAACGCGUGGAAGUGCGAGGGUGCUGCAGGAGCUGAGCCCCCAGCGGUAUUUCAGUGCCUUGCAAGCCGGCAGAGCAUCCCUGGCAUAUUUCAGCCAUAAUGUUUCUCCUGGUGCCCAGCCCUUCUUGGAGCAGAUUGAGAACUCGGCCGAGGCUCUCCAGGACUAUGGCAUUUCAGUGGUGAAGGUUAAUUGUCCCAAAGAGGGUGUCUCAAGAUACUGUGGAAAAGAAAAUGCAUUAAGGAAAGCCUACCUGUUCAGAGGUAACGUGCUGAUCAGAGAGUUCCCCACGGAUGCCUUGUUUGAUGUGAACUCCAUUGUUGCUAACGUUUUGUUUGCCUUGCUCUUUAAUGAAGUUAAAUACGUUGAAACACUGGCAGAUCUUCAGAACAUUGAAAAUGCCUUGAAAGGGAAGUCGAACAUGGUCUUUGCAUAUGUACCAGCUACUGGGACAGCAGAGCACAGAGCCGUGAUGGAGGCAGCUUUUGUCUAUGGGACUGUCCACCAGUUUGUUUUGACAACUGAGGCAACGCUGUUGAAAGACACUAGUGAUGAGCCUGAUGUGUCAUCUGCCUGGCUGUUGUUCUGCCACUGCCAGCGGGCAACAGACCUGGUGCAGCCCUGCAGGAGGACAGCCAUGGAGCAAGCUCUGACAAUGCUCAACAUCCACAGGCACCUCAAGCUCAUGGGGGCUCCGCUGGUGACAGAGGUUGCUGAGGACCCAGAGAAGGUUUCCACCGUUCAUUUACAGCUUGGGCUACCACUUGUGUUCAUCCUCAGCCAGAAAGAGACCUAUGAGGCUGACAGGAGGACAGCAGAGUUUGUGGCCUGGCAGCUCUUGGGGAAAGCAGGGGUUGCCCUUUUGUCCAGGGACCUUGUAGGUUUGAAUGUUCUGCGCCGGUCAAACAUUGCGCUCAAGACACCAGAUGAGGAAGUGCCAAUCAAAUACUUGCUCUUGGAAGACACUGAUGAAGUUAUAACCCUGGUGGAAGAUAAGAACAAGGUCAAACAAAUCCAGGAGGAUGAGGAGGAAGAGGAAGAUGAGGAUGAAAAAGAGAAUAACAAUCAAGACAUCCAGGAUGAUGAGGUGGUGGAAGCAGUUUCCAGGGACAAGAAGCGAGAGCUGCCCCUGGAACAGAUCUGUGUCCUGACAGAGGAGACCUUCCACUCUGCUCUCUUGGAGACAGCCUGGACAGUGGUGCUGUUUUAUGCCAGCUGGGAGGCAGUGUCCCUGGCAGUGCUGAGGUCUUACGCAGAGGUGGCCAAUCACCUGGAAGGAACUCAGGGGGUUUUGCUUUCUCGAGUAAACUGCUGGGACUGGCCUGGCAUUUGCACAGAAGAGAAUGUCACUCAGUUUCCUACUGUUAAGAUUUACAAGAAGGGAGAGAGAUCAGUGAUGUACAGUGGCAUGUGGGGAACCAAAGAACUGACCAGUUUCAUCAUGCUGAGCCGAGUUUCCUGCCCUCUGAAGCUUGCCACGAUUGAUGAAGCAGAAGGAUAUUUAAGAGGCGAGUUUCCAUCUGAGCUGUCAUCCUAUCACCACACUUCGCUUCUAGGAGUAUUUAGCACAGCCACGAGUGAAGCCAGGGAAACUUUCGAAGAGGCAGGAAACAUCUUAAGUGGCCAUGUAACGAUGGGGAUGUAUUUUGAAGAUGAUGCCUUGGCUUUAUCCCGUAAAUAUGCAGUGUCUCCCCCAGCCCUCCUCCUUGCCAGGAGCGGAGGUCAGAGCGUGGAAAGCAUCACUUUGUCCAAACAGAGCACUCGGGACAUGGUGCAGAUGAUCAGAUAUGAAUUGCUGGACAUUUUUCCAGAAAUCACUGUGCAAAAUCUGCCCUACUACUUGCAACUCAGAAAGCCCUUCCUCAUUUUGUUCAGUGAUGGUGACAUCGGUCAAAUGGAAAGCAAGGAAAUGCUGAAGCUGGCAAAAGGAAGACCCCAGCAAGCGUUUGUGGCUUGCUGGUUGAACUUGAAAAAGACUCCAGUGGGACGCGGCAUCCUGAAGGCAUACUUUGCCACCAUGCCUUCACUGCCAGUUCUCAUCUGGGUGAACCUUCAUGCCGGGGGUCAGGUAUUCAAGUUCCCACCAGAGCAGUCCAUCACUGAAAUGAACAUCUUGUCUUGGCUGGAGAAGCUAAAAUCAGGACUGGAGAUUCCCAGCAGUACCUUGUCUGAGGAAGACUGGAAGCCACCUCUUCCUGCUUAUGACUUCCUUCAGAUGAUGGAGGUUGCCAUGCCUGAACUCCCCCUCCACACCUCCCACCACCAUGGGGACACACCGGAACAGCACCCACCCGAAAGCCCAGGAGGGGACACAGCCACCCGGGAUGAGCCAUCCCGAGAGACCAAGGCAGAGAAAAUGGGGUCCCCUGGGAGGGACCUGAGGGGGACAGCCCCGAGGCUGGCAGCAAGAGAGAAGCAGGGCAAGAGACACAGUGAGCUCUGAGAGCUGGGCAUAACCCUGCCCGGGGCAGUGAAAGAUGUGCGAUAGUACACAGAAAACCCUCUCACUUUCCCAGCCCUGUAUGAGCCUUUUCAUCAAGGAGAGAAGUGCUUUUAGCUAUAAAUUAAUGGUGAAGGGAUAAAAUAGCCUCUAAGUCUCAGUGUGAGCUCCCAGCUGCAGAGUGCUGUUCACUGUGCAGUGGCUGUGAUUUUUGAUGUCAGGAAUGUGUCCAUACACCCCACACGCUGGCCCCUCCACGGUCUGCUCUUGGGAUUGCAUUUCACAGCAACCAGUGAGAGCAGAUCUGCAAGGAAGGUUGCUGUGAGGAAACUUAGCGACCCCAUAGCUGGGGGAGAGAUGGUAUGAGCUCCCUGCACACUGGAGGCUCUUCUGCACAGCAAACUACACUGGAAAAGUUGAAGCAGUGCAGCCCUGCUCUGCAGUUUCUGUCUCUCACAUAGGUGCUUUGGUUGCCCCCACGCAGGAAGGGUGAUUCCAGGAUAAAAAGCACAUUUCUGUCCUCCCAGUUGCAGCAGCAGCUCUACUUGUAUGUUAGCAAGUCCUGCUCUCAAGAAGCGAUGUGGAGCUGAGAGGGAAAGCGUGCCCCCCCCAUUCCAGGGCUGCUUAAACUGGCACCCAUUUGUGUUUACACCUGACUUGUGAACUGCGUUUGUGGUAAUGUUCAUCCUCAGGGGUAAGAGAAGUACCUGGUUAAAGCAGUUUUAUUACACAGGCCGGAGCUCAGAUUGUCACAACAGCCAUGAAUAGCUGGGACAAAAAUCCACCAGCAAAUCCCAAGGGCAGGAAGGCUGGAAGAUGGCUUUGCUCAAUGCUGGCAUUUUCUUGGUUACAAGCCCAGGGGGUUGUUUGCAGCCUUGAUUUUUCUUUGCUCUUGGUAACAGCAGCGAGGUUGGUGCCUACUGAGCUGGGAACAUGCAGGGAGUGAGGUCUGCAGAAAGCCCAGCACUUUGGAAACAAGGAGAGGGAGAUGAAGGGCCAGGCUGGCAGUGCUAGAGACAGACCCUUCCAAGGUGGGAUGGAGCUGCUUCAUGUCCAUAUCUAGGUGGAGAGAUGCAGGACCUGGGAAACUGGCUUUCCAGCCUCUGCCCAUCUCCUGGGGACAGCAAAAGUGCUGUCAUUCCUUGCUGGAGUACCCGAGCAUGCAGGCCAGCAUGGGAUGUGGGCUGGGGAGACGUGUUUGGAGGCAGGCUUCGUCUGAUCCCACCCAUGGCAUGACAAUAUUCUUACCCCCUUCAAUAAACAUCCGCUCCCUUCCACAGCACCACUGAGAUGUGCCAGGAGGGUCAGAUCCUCCUUCUCCUCCUUAUGGUUCUGAAGUUACUGAGGAGGGGGAAAAUUCAUGGUAAGGAACUCCUGAGACCAUUGUAAUGUCUGUAUUUCCCAUCCUGCAAGCAGCCCACAUGUCUGAGAGUAUUUUGAAAUGCCCAGAAAUAGAGCAUUAGUCCUGGGCACUCCUUGAAGUCCUUAAUUGAAACAGACCAUUUUUGGACCAUUUAAUGACAGGCUUAGAGCCAAAAUGUAUGUAUGUAUUUAAAAUAAUAAACUGUAGCAUGCAGUUUGGAGCUUGCCGUGCAGCUGAGUAUUCCCAAGGGAAGGAGUAGGUUAGGGCGUGAACAGAUCCUCUCUGAGUUCCCGUCACUGCUCAGCUAUAUGAGAUUGUUCUGCUGCUGGGCUCUACGAGCUGUAUGUCAGUCAUUUCCCAUCCUGUCCCACUGCUGCUGUUACAGCAUCGCUCUCCCACUUGGUGCAGGUGAAGUGCGAUGUUUGGGCUUGUCACUGAUGUCUUCAAUAAAUUCCACCUCAAGUGCAAUCCACUUCCAUCUGUUCUGGGCACAGUGUGAUGAGUGGAGAGGCUGGUGUGAUGGGCAGGGGUGGAUGCAUCCCUAUGGGAACACUCCCCUAGCCAUCUGAUCCCUGCAGCAGAAGGAUCCCUUUCUUCAGCAGGGUUUGUGCAAGACAAGGAGCAUUCCCACAUCCCUACUCUUUUUGUCCCUACAUCCUUUUUCCAUUGCAGCCCUUCUGUGCAGCAUCGGGCAGGAGCUUGUCACUAGGGGUCAGUGCCACAUCUCAGUUAGGGCUGCAAAAAUUGUUGCCUCUCCCAGUGCUGUUUCCUAGUGCUGGAGCAUUGCCACCAAAGCAAUGGGAGGUCAGGAAUGGCUAUCUCGUGACGUCCCAUGGAGAUGCUGAUGGCUGAGGGGCUGUUUGCUCCCAGGGACAGUGGCUGGAACAAGGUUGGGGCUGGGGAGUCCCAGUUCUACAGGCUUCAGCCCCCACAUCAGCAGCAAGAUCCAUCAGCUCGAGAGUCCCGGCUGGGCUUGGGGGUGCCAGGAUCCCUGAGCUGAGCCCAGCCAGCAGGUCCCUGCAGCGGCCAGUGCAGGCACCUGGAGUGGCUUGGGGAAGGCACUUGUCCAUGUCUCCCUGCUGCUAGCAUCAAACUGGGUUGGCAGCUGUGUUUGCUGGAGCUGCUGAGUGUAAGCAUGGGUGCGGGUCACAUCCUGGUCCACAUCAGGGUGCACAGGUCUGGCUUUGAGUUUGUUGGUUUUUUCUUUUAAUACAAAAUGUCUUUUUCAUUGCAUAGCGCAAGCAGACACUUAGGGAAAUCUGUCAAGGCAUAUAUGUGCCAGGAUAUGUACAGACAGGGAGAAAAUGCUAGGGAUAUUUGGGACAGUUUGACUGUGGUCUGCAUCCCACAGCAUGCUUGUUCGCUGGAGGAAACACUCCAGCACUAGGUCAUUUUUUAAUAGCUAUGGCUCUGGGGACAGACUGGUGCAGAAAGGAAUACUCAGUGGGUGCUUAUGGCCUUGAAUGAGAAGCAAGUCAGAGGAAGGAGAGCUCUGGACCUGGGGGCAGCUGCGAGGGAUGGGCUUGAGGAGCAGGAUGCCAUCCUGCAUGCACCACUUGUCAUAGAAGUUGAAGGCAGCCAGUGAUCGCCAGGGGACUGUGUGUGUAUCUGCCACUUCUCUGUGUCUCAGCACAUGCUGAUGCUGAAGUGAGGCAAGAUCACAAUGAAUGCUGGUGCUGUAAGCUCCUUUUUUAACCAUUUAACACUAAAAGACAUGUCUGUCUGAUCUGGUACUCGCUGAUCUGAAGAACUGAUAAAUUUCCUGACAGAAAUAGUAUUGACUAUUUACAGCUUCAGACUGAACUCUUCUUUUGAUGGUACUUUAUUUCAGCACUACGCCAAAGGUGGACAUUUGUAUGUACCUCGUGUACUUUGAGAACCUUUCAGGAGGUCUUUAAAUGUCAGCGGUUGAUCAGAAAAUAAAAUGAUGAUACACCAAAAAAAGAACGGGAUUAUGUACUUGUCCUGGAGAGCAAAACAGUUUAAAUUACUGCCUGAAACAAUUGGAUAUUCUCCA